UGAAGAGAAUGAGAUGCUGCCACGUGGAGGAUGCGAAUCGCCGAACCAACACGAUUAUUUCAUUUUUUAUAAGACGGUUUAUUGAUAUCGAAAGUGUCAGGAUUGCACACAAACAAGUUGCUGAAAUUCCUCUUUAAAAUAGAAAAGAACAUAAGCCCCGUUCCGCCUGGUUCUCCCACACCAUUCGCAGAGUUCCAGUCCCUUAAAAUUUUAAUUGCAGAUAUGGAGUCCUUACUUACGUCCUCUCCAGUAUAUUUAAUGGUAAAACUACAGGCUGUUCAACUCAAGCCUCCACGCAGAUUUGAGUUGACAAGAAUCUCGUCGAACCCCGUUAGUGUUGCUGCCCUGGCUCGAUCGAGUUUAGGCCCUUCCCAUAGAAAACCACCCAAAAAUCUCCGUUACCCGCGGCGUGCAAAGCUUCCACCGGACCCGAAGAUUAACAUUUUUUUGAAGAAGAAUAGUCCUAGCGACACGGACUCACCUCAAAUGCAUUCGGAUUGCUACGUGAGGCCUGAAUCAUCUGAUAAUGAUGAUAGUGCUGCUACCACUGAUGGUUUGUUGUGGAGCCCGGAUGAGAUUGAAGCAAUUUCAUCUCUUUUCCAAGGUAGAAUUCCUCAAAAACCUGGGAAUCUAUACAGGGAGAGGCCUCUUCCACUCCCACUUCCUUACAAACUUCGACCUUUGGGACUGCCUUCAUCUAAGAAACAUGUGAGAACAGUCUCCCCGACUUCGAUUUCAUCGAGGUUUUCCUUGUGCAAGCAAGUAUAUAAGAACCCACAGUUUCUUAUCUCUGUAGCCAGAGAAAUCAGGAGCCUUCCUUCAGAGAAAGAUGCGUCUGACGUUCUGGACAAGUGGGCUCGGUUCCUUAGGAAAGGGUCGCUCUCCUUAACAAUUCGGGAAUUGGGUCAUUUUGGUCUACCUGAAAGAGCUCUACAGACCUUUUGCUGGGCUCAGAAACAACCCCAUCUCUUCCCAGAUGAUAGGAUACUCGCUUCGACGGUUGAAAUCCUUGCAAGGACCCAUAAUUUGAAAAAGCCAUUUGACUUGGAGAAGUUUACAACGUCGGCCACUCGGAGUGUGAUUGAAGCAAUGGCAAGGGGAUUCAUAAGCAGCGGCAGUUUAAAUCUUGCUCGUAAGCUCCUCCUGGUUGCCAGGGAUAACAAAAGAACAUUGGACGUUAGCAUUCAUGCCAAGCUGAUAUUGGAGAUUGGAAAGAAUCCAGACAAAUACAAACUUGUAUGUGCUUUAUUAGACGAGCUUGGAGAGAGAGAUGACCUGGAUUUGGAUCAGCAGGACUGUACAGCAGUCAUGAAAGUUUGUAUCAGGCUUGGAAGAUUCGACAUUGUGGAGAGUCUGUUUAACUGGUUCAAGGAUUCUGGGCGUGAACUGAGUGUUGUUAUGUACACUACUUUGAUUUACAGCAGGUAUUCUGAGAAGAAAUAUAGGGAGGCUCUUGCUGUAGUUUGGGAAAUGGAAGAAUCUGAAUGUGUCUUUGAUCUUCCCGCAUAUCGUGUGGUGAUAGGGCUAUUUGUGGCUUUGAAUGAUAUCUCGAGAGCCAUAAGAUACUUUUCAAAACUCAAGGAGGCAGGGUUCACUCCAACAUAUGACAUUUACCGAAACAUGAUCAAGAUAUAUGCAGCUUGUGGAAGGUCGGCCAAGUGUAAGGAGGUCUACAAGGAGGCAGAGACGGCGGGAUACAAAUUUGAUAAACAGAUUGUUUCUCUUUUGUUGCAGGUGGAAGGAGCAGUCUGAGCCUGUUUCUUGGAAAUUUCAUUAACAGGAAGUAAUUAGUUUACAACAGGCAUGCUUCUUGUUUGACUCAUUUCCAAAAUACUGAGAAAAUUACCUGCCUUCUUUUUAGUUCCACUAGUUUUAGGCUUUUAGCCAUCCAUGGACAGACAUGAAUAAUUCAUUCAAAAGUCUGCUAUCAGUGAGGCAAAAAACAUUACAUUUAAUAGUCCUGGGCUAACUCUCUGGAUGUUGAACAAGCAUCAGUGCAUCACUCAUCUGUAUCAUGUGAGGGGCAUUUUGUUGUCAAUAGUAAAUGGUCUUGCCUCUACAUGAGAAAGCAGCUGGCUAAGAAAAUUGACCUAAUAGUUGUGCUUAGUCCUGUACACAAUUUUUAGUCUUAUUAAAUAUAUAUAUAAAUAUGAACAGGUCAAUCGUAUUCAUUUGAUCA